AUGUAUGCUGACGACAUCGCGCUGGCAGACGCGGACAAGGGACGGUUGGUGCAGCGUGUUAACAUGUGGAAGGAGUCACUCGAGAACGGCGGUUUGCAGCUGAAUGUGGGGAAGACUGAGUACGUGGCCUGCAACUCGACAGAUCCCACCUCCGUCUGCAUAGACGGUAAUAUGGUUGAACAGACGGACCAGGUCAGUGAAGCGUGGCCUGUGCUUGAGCGGCACAAGCAGGAGCUGCGGGUCACGGAGAUGAAAAUGCUGCGCUGGAUGUGUGGAGUUACGCGGAAAGACCGCGUUAGGAACUCGCGCAUCCGCGGCAGCCUUCAUGUCCGUGACAUUGCAGACAAACUGCAAGAGUGUCGCUUACGCUGGUACGGACACGUUUUACGGAAACCGGCCACUUACGUGGGGAACAAAUGUCCAGCCAUGGCGCCUCCGCCCGGCCGGGGCAGACUGGGUAGACCCAGGAAAUGCUGGCUUGACGUCGUAAUGGACAUGCGGACAUCCGGAUGA